GGAGCGGCGGCAGCGGCGGCGGCAACGGACGGGCCAUGCGGGGGCCGCGCUCCGGGCUCUGCCCGCUCUCCAUCUUCAUCCUCCUCCUCCUCUGCCCGCUCCUGCCGGCGUCCGCCCCCUCCCCGGCCCCGCCGUGCGUCCUCCCGGGGCUGCGCCGCGGGCCGUUCCCCGCACCAGGGAGCUCCGGAGGCUGCGCGGGGCCGUACAGGACGGAGGAGCCCGAUGUCGGGGUGCGGGAGGAUGGGGGCCCCGUGCGGCUACCGGGGGUGGGCAGGGAGCUCGCCGUACCCSCCCGAGAUGCUGGUUCUCCCCGGGAUGCCGUUGGUCAGCCACWCCCGGCCCCAGUUCCCGCAGAGAGCAGCCGCUCCCCCCAGGAGCUCCCCAGGGCUCGCCUUGCUCUCAGGAGGCAGAAGAGGGAUUGGGUGAUCCCCCCCAUCAAGGUUCCUGAAAAUGAGAGGGGCCCCUUCCCCAAAAAGCUGGUUCAGAUCAAAUCCAACCGGGACAGAGACACCAAGAUCUUCUACAGCAUCACGGGACAGGGAGCAGAUGCUCCCCCCGAGGGCAUCUUCACCAUCGAGAAGGAGUCCGGCUGGAUGAAGGUGACGCAGCCGCUGGACCGGGAGCACAUCGACAAGUACCAUCUCUUCUCCCACGCCGUGUCCGAGAACGGUAAACCAGUGGAGGAGCCGAUGGAGAUCAUUGUGACGGUGACAGACCAGAAUGACAACAAGCCCCAGUUCACGCAGGAGGUGUUCAGGGGCUCUGUGCCCGAGGGAGCUCUGCCGGGCACCUCCGUCAUGCAGGUGACAGCCACGGAUGCGGAUGAUGCGGUGGAGACCUACAACGGUGUCAUUGCCUACUCCAUCCUCAGCCARGAGCCACGGGAGCCCCAUCCCCAAAUGUUCACUGUCAACCGGGCCACCGGCACCCUCAGUGUGAUCGCCAGCGGCCUCGACCGGGAGCGUGUGCGGGAGUACACACUGACCGUGCAGGCGGCUGACCUGGAUGGGGAGGGACUGACCACCACCGCGCUGGCCGUCAUUGAGAUCGCUGAUGUCAAUGAUAAUGCCCCCGAGUUUGACCCCAAAACGUAUGAGGCGGCUGUCCCCGAAAAUGUGGCUGGGCGGGAGGUGGCCCGGCUGGCUGUCACCGACCUGGACGAGCCCGGCACGCCGGCGUGGCGAGCUGUCUACUCCAUCCUGCGUGGCAAUGAUGGGGGUGCCUUCACCAUCACCACUGACCCUGCCACCAACGAGGGCAUCCUCUCUACUGCCAAGGGUCUGGACUAUGAGGCCAAGCAGCAGUUCGUGCUCCACGUGGCAGUGGCCAACGAGGUCCCYUUCGUCGUGAAGCUGCCGAUGGCCACUGCCACCGUGAUGGUCACUGUGGAGGACGUCAACGAGGCCCCGGUGUUCGUGCCGCCGGUGCAGCUGGCCACGGUGAUGGAGGAUGUGCCCCCWGGGCAGACCCUCACCGCCUGCACCGCCCAGGACCCUGACAAGGAGCAGGGCCAGAGGAUCAAGUACCUGGUGGGGCAUGACCCCGCGGGCUGGCUGGCCGUGCACCCCGAGAACGGCCUGGUGACUGCACGGGACCACCUGGACCGAGAGUCCCCCUUCGUCAAGAACAGCACCUACAUGGCUGUGCUGCUGGCUGUGGAUGAUGGCUCWCCGCCGGCCACGGGCACGGGCACGCUGCUCCUCACCCUGCUCGACGUGAACGACAACGGCCCCGAGGCCGAGCCCCAGGAGAUCACUGUGUGCCAGCGCAACCCCCAGCCCCAGCUCCUCACCGUCACCGACCGGGACCUGCCCCCCAACACCGGCCCCUUCCGCGCCGAGCUCACCCACGGCUCCGGGGACAGCUGGGCUGUGGAGGUGGGGGACACAGGUGACACGGUGACACUGCAGCUGGUGGCGGCGCUGGAGCCGGACACSUACAGCGUGUACCUGCGGCUGCUGGACCAGCCGGGCAGAGCCCAGGUGACCAUCAUCACCGCACGGGUCUGUGCCUGCGAGGGGCCGGCACAGGGCUGUCCCCAGAGACCCCAGGCUGUCACCGCCCUGCCCUUUGUCCUCGCCGCCCUGGGCGCGCUGCUGGCCCUGCUGCUCAUCCUGCUGCUGCUGCUGCUCUUCGUGAGGAGAAGGAAGGUGACAAAGGAACCGCUGCUGCUGCCCGAGGACGACACAAGGGACAACAUCUUCUACUACGGGGAGGAGGGUGGCGGCGAGGAGGACCAGAACUAUGACCUGAGCCAGCUGCACCGGGGGCUGGACGCCCGGCCCGAGGUGAUCCGCAAUGAUGUGGCACCCACCCUCCUGCCGGCCCCCCAGUACCGRCCCCGYCCCGCCAACCCCGAYGACAUCGGCACCUUCAUUGAGGAGAACCUGAAGGCGGCUGACACGGACCCCACGGCCCCUCCCUACGACUCACUGCUGGUGUUCGACUACGAGGGCAGCGGCUCCGAGGCCACCUCGCUCAGCUCCCUCAACUCCUCGGCCUCUGACGGCGACCAGGACUACGACUACCUCAAUGAUUGGGGCAGCCGCUUCCGCAAGCUGGCCGAGCUCUACGGCGGCGGCGAGGAGGACGAUAGCGGGCAGUGGYUGUGCCAGCGGGCAGCGCCGUGCCAGCCCGGCUUCACCGCCCAGACCUUUGCCCUGACGGUGCCGCGGGACAGCGUGGCGGCGGGACGGGCCCUGGGACGAGUGAGCUUUGUGGACUGUGGUGAGUCGCACCACGCUGUGUUCCUCCCGGACGACACGCGCUUCAAGGUGAGCAGGGAUGGCGUCGUCUCUGCCACCCGGCCCCUGCAGCUGCAGCGGCGGCAGAUCGCCUUCKCUGUGCACACCUGGGACAGCACGGGCAAGAAGCAUUCGGCCAAGGUGACCGUGCGCCRGCGAUGGCACCAACACCACAAGCAGAUGCAGCAGGUGGUGGGACGGGGACGGUCCUGGGGGCUGUGCAGGCUGACUGUGCCCUCGCAGCUCUACUCCCACGCCGUGUCGGCCAACGGUCAGCCCGUGGAGGAUCCCAUGGAGAUCAUCAUCACCGUCACYGACCAGAAYGACAACCGGCCCGUSUUCACCCAGCAAGUCUUUGUUGGCUACAUUGAGGAGAAUGCCAAGCCAGGCACAUCUGUGAUGACCGUGAACGCCACGGAUGCAGACGAUGGGAUCAACGUGAACAAUGGCAUCGUCCACUAYUCCAUCCUCAGUGAGGAGCCCAAGGGUGCACAGCCGAUGUUCACCAUCAACGCCGAGGAGGGCAUCAUCAGCGUCAUUGGCACGGGUCUGGACCGGGAGACCACUCCCAACUACACGCUGAUAAUCCAAGCUGCGGACCAGGAGGGCAUAGGCCUGACCAACACCGCCACCGCCAUCAUCCAAGUCACCGAUGCCAAUGACAACCCUCCCAUCUUCGACCCCACCACGUACGAGGAGUCAGUGAACGAGAACGAGCCGGGGCUGCUGGUGGCCCGGCUGCAUGUGAAGGACCAGGACCUGCCGGGCUCCCCGGCCUGGCGCGCCGUCUACCGCAUCCAGAGCGGGGACCCUCASGGCAACUUCGAGAUCACCACUGACCCCAAAACCAAUGAUGGGCUCCUGAAAACKGCCAAGGUGGGUCCUGCUGCUGCAUGGCCACCUCAGCACCAGCUGACUCCCUGCUGGCACUACCCGGCUUCUCUCCCACCCCAGGGCCUGGAUUAUGAGACYCAGAAGCAGUACAAGCUUGUGGUGKCGGUGGAGAACGAGGUCCCCUUCACAGUGAAGCUGAAUCCUUCCACGGCCAGCGUCCAGGUGUUUGUCAAGGAUGUGAAUGAAGACCCCGUCUUCAUACCCACAGUCAAAAAGGUGGAGGUGAUGGAGGAUGUGCCGGUGGGAUACCAGAUCACCUCCUACACAGCACAGGACCCUGACAAGGAGCAGAACCAGAAAAUCACGUAUCGCAUGGGUAGCGACCCCGCAGGGUGGUUGGCCAUCGACCCUGAGAACGGCAUCGUCACGGCAGCCCAGCCGCUGGACAGGGAGUCKGCGCAUGCCAUCAACAGCACCUACAAGGCCAUCGUCCUGGCUGUGGACAAUGGGUCACCAAAGUAUGGCACCGGCACGGGGACGCUGCUCCUCCUGCUCCAGGACGUGAAUGACAAYGGGCCCGUGCCAGAGCCCCGGAGCUUCGACAUCUGCAACCGGCAGCCUGAGGAGCAGACRCUGAACAUCAUCGACAAGGACCUGCCACCCAACACCUUCCCCUUCAGGGCAGAGCUGAUGCAUGGCUCUGGCAGCAACUGGACUGCCAGGGUGACUUCACCAGACCUGGUGCAUCUGCAAAUGAGGAAGGAGCUGGAGCCGGGCGAGUACAACAUCUUCCUGAAGCUGCUGGAUGCGCAGGGCAAGGAGCAGAUCACGCCGGUGCGAGCCCAGGUCUGCAGCUGCGAGGGGCCAGCCAAGAACUGUGAGCGGCGAGCGUUCAUCUCUGGUGGCAUGGGCGUGCCUGCCAUCCUGGGCAUCCUGGGGGGCAUCCUGGCGCUGCUCAUCCUCCUGCUGCUGCUGCUGCUCUUUGCAAGGAGAAGGAAGGUGGUGAAGGAGCCGCUGCUCCCACCUGAGGAUGACAUGAGGGACAAUGUCUACCACUAUGACGAGGAGGGCGGUGGCGAGGAGGACCAGGACUAUGACCUGAGCCAGCUGCACCGGGGGCUGGAYGCCMGGCCCGAGGUGAUCCGCAACGACGUGGCCCCRCCRCUGAUGGCRGCCCCCCAGUACCGGCCCCGYCCYGCCAACCCCGACGAGAUCGGAAACUUCAUCGAUGAGAACCUGAAGGCGGCUGACACGGACCCCACGGCCCCUCCCUACGACUCGCUGCUGGUGUUCGACUACGAGGGCAGCGGCUCCGAGGCCACCUCGCUCAGCUCCCUCAACUCCUCGGCCUCUGACGGCGACCAGGACUACGACUACCUCAAUGAUUGGGGCAGCCGCUUCCGCAAGCUGGCCGAGCUCUACGGCGGCGGCGAGGAGGACGAUUAGGGACCCCCGGCCCGCUGCCCCCGCCUCGUUUCACCCSUCCGGACUCACGGUGGUUUCUGCUCAGGGUGGCUCAACUCCCUCCAACAUCCCCUGGACGCAGCGCCCACGUCUCCCGCACUGAGAAAAGCUCAGGCUCACUGGGGUGGGGGGUUUUUGGGGUARUCUGGUGUUUCCUGGCCUCCUUGGCUCCAGGGCGUGGGACUUUUUGGCCAGGAUCAGCUCCUUCUUCCCCUUUCCAUGGGGGGGAAAAGGGUUUUUUAUCUGAUAUUCUCCCAAAAUACCUCGUGCUCCCAGCCCCACACAGCUAAUCUCCCACCAGGCUCCGAUCAUGAACCUGGUGAUGGACAAGUGGGAUGGAGCACUUGAUCAACACCAAAGAUGCAUUGUCACAAGAAUAGGAAUUUAUUUGACUAUGUGCAGGCAGAUUUUUAUUUUUUUCGUAUCCCAGAUUAUGGUUUGAUUUCCUCCGGUGUUGUGCCAGUUGUAAUUAGYGUGCAGUCAAUGAAAGGCGCUUUCCAGAAUCAAAGGGCUUUACUGAAAUCCUGACCUCUGUGUAUAGCUAUCGUUAUGGUUUGUAUUUUUUAACAUAGGAAAAGGAUCUGAUGUGAGCUGGGAAACCAGCAGCCGCCAAGUGUUGAUUGCAUGUUUUUUAUAUAAAAUUGAAACAAUAAAUUGUUUUAAGAAAACCAAAA